AAGGACGAGGAACCUGGUUCCCCCGAGCGGUCCCGGCGCCUGCGCGCUGCGGGCUCCGGGCCUCCCGGCCUGAGGGAAAGAAGCAGGGAAGAUGGCGGCCGUUGUGGAAAAUGUAGUGAAGCUCCUGGGGGAGCAGUACUACAAGGACGCCAUGGAGCAGUGCCACAGCUACAACGCCCGCCUCUGCGCCGAGCGCAGCGUGCGCCUGCCGUUCCUGGACUCGCAGACGGGGGUGGCCCAGAGCAACUGCUACAUCUGGAUGGAGAAGCGGCACCGGGGUCCAGGAUUGGCUUCAGGGCAGCUAUACUCUUACCCUGCCCGUCGCUGGCGAAAAAAACGGCGCGCCCACCCCCCUGAGGACCCAAGACUGUCCUUUCCAUCUAUUAAGCCAGACACAGACCAGACUCUGAAGAAGGAGGGGCUGAUCUCUCAGGACGGCAGUAGUUUGGAGGCCCUAUUACGCACCGACCCCCUGGAGAAGCGAGGCGCCCCGGAUCCCCGAGUUGAUGAUGACAGUCUAGGCGAGUUUCCUGUGACUAACAGUCGCGCAAGGAAGCGGAUCCUAGAACCGGAUGAUUUCCUAGAUGACCUCGACGAUGAGGAUUAUGAAGAAGACACUCCUAAGCGUCGGGGCAAGGGGAAAUCCAAGGGUAAAGGUGUGGGCAGUGCCCGUAAGAAGCUGGAUGCUUCCAUCCUGGAGGACCGGGACAAGCCCUAUGCCUGUGACAAUAGUUUCAAACAAAAGCAUACCUCGAAAGCGCCCCAGAGAGUCUGUGGAAAACGUUACAAGAACCGGCCCGGCCUCAGUUACCACUAUGCCCACUCCCACUUGGCUGAGGAGGAGGGCGAGGACAAGGAAGACUCACAGCCACCCACGCCAGUCUCUCAGAGGUCCGAGGAGCAGAAAUCCAAGAAGGGCCCUGAUGGGUUGGCCCUGCCCAACAACUACUGUGACUUCUGCCUGGGCGACUCAAAGAUCAACAAGAAGACAGGGCAGCCCGAGGAGCUGGUGUCCUGCUCGGACUGUGGCCGCUCAGGGCACCCGUCCUGUCUCCAGUUCACUCCCGUGAUGAUGGCGGCUGUGAAGACCUACCGCUGGCAGUGCAUCGAGUGCAAGUGCUGCAACAUCUGCGGCACCUCCGAGAACGACGACCAGCUGCUCUUCUGUGACGACUGCGAUCGUGGCUACCACAUGUACUGUCUCACCCCGUCCAUGUCUGAGCCUCCGGAAGGAAGUUGGAGCUGCCACUUGUGUCUGGACCUGCUGAAGGAGAAAGCUUCCAUCUACCAGAACCAGAACAACUCUUGAUGUGGCCACCGCUUCCCGUACACCUAGGGCCGUCUCUCCUCCUGUCUUGUUUUUCAUGCCCAACCCAACUUCCUCCUCCUCCUCUUCCUCCUGUCUUUCACAAGUCCAGAGAACCUUGGGGUGGUCGUGCCAACCUGCCUUUGGCGGCAGCAAGCUGGGGUGACAGCUCUGACCGCCUCGGGCCCCGGGCCCUCAGGGAGAACGGAGCAGCACACGGCCCCAAGGCUGACCUGCGGGCUGCUUCUCACUGCUCUCGUGAAGUGCAUUCACUCUGCCUGCCUUGGGCCCCGGCCCUGGUGAUCACAGGGUUCAGUGUUGUCUCAGAAAGGCGGGGGCACAGCUCACUUCUCCCAGCUCUGCCUGCUCUGUGGCCUCCAGGGUUUGCCCUUCCCCAGGGAGCCUGGCCGGGGCCUCUGCUGGGAGCCGCUGGGAGUGAGCGCUGAGUGGGCUGUGGCUGUGCUUGCGGGAGCUGCCCUUGCCCUUCGUGCUGCUGCUUGCUUGGCCUUGCCCCUCCUCCGGUGGCUCCGCCUCCUGCUCCUGCUCCCCAGGACCCUCUGCCUGAGCUGCCCUCUGGCUCUACCCUCCCUGACCACCCCAGCCCAUGGGCAGGGGCAGCUUCAUCCCAACUUCUCCUUAGGCUCACCUGCGCAUUGCCACAGGUGGUCUCUAGCAACCGAAGCAUUCCCCACCCUUGGGAUUUCCUGUCUUCUGCUCCCCUUCCUAUUCCCUUUGGUUUUGUGGGGACAGCAGAAGCAUCAGGGGGCCAGGCCAGCUGGGGGCCACAGGGAGACGUUGGAUAAUGUGCCUGUUUUUUAACUCGAUGAAAAAGCCUACCUCCGAAAUCCCCUUUUUGUUCUUCCUGGACCUGGGCACUCAGCUCCUGCCCUUAACUGAAUUGGAGUCUCUGCCUCCUGCUCUGUGUUUCUGGCUCCUGGCUCACGGGGGAGCCACUUGACACCCCUUUCUUCCCUUGCACGCUCGCUAGCAGCUGGUAAGGUCGUUACACCCUGACUCCUGUUCUCUGCCUGGUGACACGCUGAGUAGGGGGCAGCCUCGCCUGGACACCUGGAGUGGCCUUCCUCGUGGCUGUGGGCGGGCCUGAUUCACUGUUGCUUUGGAGUUGAGGUCUCUCUCUUUCUUUAGCUCCUGUACUCUAAACAUUAGUACAAAUAAAUGUUUUUACACAGA